AUGGAUCACGUGGAGCCCGAACUACCUACUGUGCCACUCAAAGCUGCGCAGCUGUCUUCGCCGUCGCGACUAUCGCCUAUAGCAACAAACAUACCUUCCGCUCGGUCGACCGAGUCCGUCCCGGAAACACCCAGCGCAAAAGCGAAACGACAAAGAAGCGAACACUAUCCGAUAAAGCACAUCAACUGGUACGACGCGUCAUACAGCUCAGAGCCGCGCGUCAAGUCCGCCAUGCGAAGCUCACCCAUACUGAUGCAAAAUGCGAAUGGACCGUGUCCGCUGCUCGCCCUCGUCAAUGCGUUAGUGCUUAGCACACCACAGAAUCUCGACACAGCUCUAAUAGAAACGCUACGAACGAGAGAACAAGUUAGCCUGGGUCUGCUGCUUGAUGCGGUGUUCGACGAACUGAUGUCAGGUCGGCGUGGCGACACCGCCGAGGCUCUGCCAGACGUCGGAGAACUUUAUGCUUUUUUACUUGCGCUCCACACGGGGAUGAACGUCAACCCGCGGUUCACGAAAGCAGGCUGUUUCCAGGAAACCAACGAGAUGCGCCUGUACAGCACCUUCAACAUCCCUCUCAUACACGGUUGGACUGCGCCUAAGGACACACCGGCCUAUGCUGCGUUCGAACGCUCGGCCCAAACUUUUGAGGAUGCGCAGAAUAUACAAUUUCUGGAGCCCGAGCUUGAGGACAAGCUGAGAGAGGAGGGGUUGAGUGGCGAGGAGCAGCAGGUGCUGCAGGACAUACAGAUCAUCAAGAGCUUUCUGACGACUUGGCCGACACAGCUGACCGAUUACGGGUUGGAAUGCAUAUCGGCGAGCUUGAGACCAGGACAGAUUGCUAUCUUGUUCCGGAAUGACCACUUCAGCACGCUAUAUAAGGAGCCGAAACACGGCGCACUUAUGACUUUGGUGACUGAUGCAGGAUACAGUACACAUGACGAGAUAGUUUGGGAAAGCCUUGUUGAUGUGUCUGGCGCGGCGAGUGAGCUGUUCAGUGGCGACUUC